AACAUUACUCUUCAUGCACUCUCUCUCCCUUUUGUCUCAUAAUUGACUUGCCGUUCCUCUCCCUCUUAGCUCCAACCUUUCACCACCAAUCUGGCGAACCUCCUUCUCUUCAACCAGACCGCCGUGCCACUGAACGUCACCAAUUUCUAUGUAGAGCUGUUGUACCAGCAGAACCCCAACUUCAGUCCCGUCCAUCUUCCUCUGGUGUUCCGCUGCUUGGCCCCCGCACAGGCCUUCUCCAAUCUGAGUAUGUAUGACGCGAUGGUCCUCAUCACCACCCUCAAGGAAACCUGCAGCGAGAUCGACCAGGACGUGGCCUCGGCCCUUAGCAGCAACGUGGACACUGUCAGCUCCACGGCCAUUUCCACGCUGGGGAACUCCAGCACGGGCUUCAGCACGGGCCAGCUGACCGGCACCAGCGCCACGGUCAUCUUCUCCUCGCUGUCGGUCCUCAGCACUGUGGUGGGCUGGAACCAGGGCCAGGCCUUGACCCUCGUGCAGAAGCUCAUAAGCUCCGGGUCGUUCACAAUCACAUCUAGCCAAGACAUCCAGACGCUGGGCACCCUCAUCACAGGCCUCCCCUCCACCAUCAUCAGCAGCAUCAGCUCUGCAGAGAUCCUCACCGCCUCUCAGUCUUCAGCGGUGGUCUCCAACCUCAUCACCGCACCCACCAUCGUCCAGCAGACCUUUGUCAACCAAAUCAUCUCCGUCGACACCUCAGUCGGGUCCAUCUUAACCAAUGUGCCAGAUCGCUUGGCAUCUCAGAUCCCAAGGGACUUCCUACAAGGCUUCUCCCAGACGACAGAGACGGUUACCAAGCUGAACCAGAAGACCUGGACAGUGAAUCAGAGAAAUGAUGCUAUCAAGAGCAUAUAUGGCAAUAGUUAUUCUGUAUAG